AUGUCGUACUCAAACUCGGGAUGCGAUCUGCGAAUAUUUAUAUCAGUAGUGUAACCGAUAAUACAAAGUACAGUUAUUUGUAUCGAGGUAAUUUUGUACAUACUUUCCGACAAAUGCACUACGCAGUACGCAGGUGUAUUGGCCGUUUAACGGGUUCGUCGCGCAUGGACGCAACAUGACACGCGUUACGUUUCUGCAUCCCGAUCUCGGUAUCGGCGGCGCGGAAAGACUGGUCGUGGACGCCGCAUUGGCCUUAAAGAAAAACGGUCACGAUGUAAACUUCGUGACGACUCAUCAUGAUCCCAAACAUUGCUUCGCGGAAACAAAGGACGGCACAAUUCCCGUUACCGUUGUAGGCAACUGGUUGCCCAGACACGUUCUCGGCAGAUUUUACGCGCUCUGCGCUUACAUACGCAUGAUAUAUGCAGCCAGCUAUGUAAUAUUUUCCGGUCAACCGCCAGAAGUUGUGUUCUGUGAUUUAGUAUCAAUCUGCAUACCUGUUCUUCGUUUGCGCAUUCCAUAUGUCAUAUUUUAUUGUCAUUAUCCGGACCAGCUGCUCUCGCAACCUGGAGGUUACAUCAAACAGCUGUACCGUCUGCCAUUGAAUUAUCUAGAAGAAAUUACAACUGCUAUGGCACAUAAAGUUUUUGUAAACAGCAUUUACACAAGCAGAAUGUUUGAAAACACUUUUAAGAGAUCGAAAAAAGUCGAACCCGAAGUUUUGUAUCCUUCUAUCAAUACCGAAUUUUUCGACAAAACAAGAAUAGCAUCUAUAGAAAGAGUGUUAGAUAAAAAACUGCCAAAUGACAGUAUUAUAUUGUUGUCGAUUAAUAGAUACGAGCGAAAGAAACAGCUGUCCCUUGCUAUCGAAGCUCUCGCGGAAUUGGAAAAACUAUUGCCAAAAGAAGUAUACAAGAAUGUGUACUUGAUCAUGGCCGGUGGAUACGACAAGAGAAUCGAAGAGAACGUCGAGUAUCAUUUGGAAUUGAUUGGACUUGCGGACGAGUUACACGUGACUGAUAAAGUGAUGUUUCUACGUUCGCCGUCCGAUGUAGACAAAAUCUCGUUACUUCAUCAUUGUAAAAUUGUGAUAUAUACGCCGCCUAACGAGCAUUUCGGAAUAGUACCAUUAGAGGCGAUGUACGCGGGCAAGCCAGUAAUUGCGCAUAAUUCCGGCGGACCAAUAGAAUCGAUAAUUUCGGGGAAAACUGGUUUCCUGGUCGAUUUAUCUGGCGAGGCGUUUGCUUCAAAACUAUCUUUUCUAAUUACAAAUUCGAGUUGUAUCGAAGAGUUCGGCAAAGCAGGUAAAGACUUUUUUAUCCUAAAAACAUUCAGUUUUGCUGCAUUUAGUACUCAAUUAAAUAAAGCAAUAGAUGACUUAAUUAAUAAAAAAAAAAAUUAAUAUAAU